AUGACCUCUAAUUCUUUGCUGUGGAAGAUUUUAUUUCCCAUUCUGCUGGCAUGUAUCACCGAUGCCAAGCGUGACUUUUCAAUAGAAGUUCAAAAUAUUAGCUAUAACAUCUCCAGUGAUAUAACAUUUCUAAAAAUCUUCAAUAUCUCCAUGGAGAAUUCAAAAGUAGCCAGCUUAGAUUUGCUAUUUGAUCGCAAUAUUUACAAAGUACCCGCUGAAGCUUCCCUUUUCCUGUUGACAAAGAGCAAUCGCCGUAUACAAAUCUUCCAAUUGAAAUCUGAAGUUUGUGAUCUAUUGUGGCAGGGAGCCAAGAAUGUAUUUAUUUCAAUAAUGAUGAAACAGGUAAUGGAGAAAUCAAAUCUUCCCCAUAAAUGUCCCCUGCUUAAGAAUGUGCUUUACUCGGUAAAGAAUUACACAUUAAACGAUGACAGUUAUCCAGCUGUUUUGCCUGAGGGACGUUGGCAAUUUAAUCUACAGGGCUCACCUGACAAUAUAGGAGUGAUCCAUUUAACCCUUAGGGGUCGCAUAAGGAAAUAAAAAUUA